GGUGGAAACCCCACCACCAAUAAGAAGCACCGGCGGAUCCAAUAACUGCAAAAACGAAAGGUUAGUAGAGACCCUAGACGCAGAAAAAGAAUGAAGCAAAAAAGAAUGGAGCAAAAAAGAACAUACCAAAGGCUAAACCAAUGUCAACGAUCAUACGCUUUUUGAGAGUACCUGUGAUAGGAGCAAUUGGCAUUGUGAAGGACGAGGAAUAUAAAGACAGUAUGGCAAUACCAGAGGGAAACAGUGCAGCAACAGGUUGGCGAUGGUGCUGGUGCUGGAGAAGAAGCAGAGCUGGCUGGAGCUGAGAUAUAAGAGAGGCCUGUACCACGUGAUUACAUGCCAGCCAAUCACAGGCCGCAGGAAUAAUCGGUGGUGAAAAGUCGUGCGAUUGGAGGGUAAGCGGCCUUUGAGUUGUGGAAGAGAGAGAGAUAUUUAUUGCUCGAGCUUCUUCUGUGGCCUCUAUUCUCGACCUCUCCAACUCUCCUGCUCAUACCUCCAAGAUGCUUAGUAGACAAUCUGCCCAAACUGCUCGUGUAUUAGCCCAAAGAAGAGCCUUCACCUCCACUGCCCUCAAAAAUGGUGCUCACUUCAAGGAAGGUGUUUACUCAAAUUUGCCCUUCAAGGUCCACAACAGAAAGAUCCCUUUUGCUGUAAUUCACUUUGGUUUUUUUGGCUUGGGUUUUGCUAUUCCCUUUAUUGCCUGUGCAUGGCAAUUACACAAAUCUGGUUGA